CUUGCAAAAAAAACACAAAACAACAAGUCGUAUCGCCGACGUCCCUUCUGAUUCCUCUCUCUCCCUGCGGCUCUUGAGAUUCCUAGAGAGAAAGAGAUUGGUCUAAUAAUACGAAAAAUAGGAGGAUUACUCAAUCGUUUAGUUUCGUUUGUGAGAAGAGACUUGUUAUUGUGAUUUUUGACUAGUCCUCUUAACCAAAAAAAAAAAAGAAGAAAAGACUAUUGAAUAUCAUAUAUAUAGAGAGAGAGAGAAAUAAAAAGAAAAUAUGAAGAAGAAAACAUCAUCAGGAAGAGUGUCAUGGGCAUCAGAGAGUAGGCUUUGUCAGGUAAAGAUGUUUCUAACUGAAGAUUGUCCCGCUAAAGUUUCAUCUUCCAAUCUUCUUCCUCCUGGAUUUGAAGCUACUACUUUGUUUCCAUCCACGCGUAACAACAUUCCCCGUAUCAAAUGGAAACGCCCCCCUCAGUUUAUCAUCAGUGAUGCUUUGCUUGUCGGGAGUGGUGGUGACAGCACCGAAACUCUUUCUGAGAACUUGAGGAUUUCUAAAGUCUUGGAAGCUUUCUAUCCCCAUCGCUCUGUCAUCCCUACUCGUCCUUCCGUCUCAUCCUCUGUAUCAGAAGCACACUACGACGACAGCACUACUCCUAGUAUCCCUCUCGCUUUCAUUGAAGACGAACCUGAGCCUCCUUUACAAUCUUCUCAUCAUGAUUUCAAUUCUGUUUCUCUACUUGGACCACAGUUGAGUCUCGCUGCUUCUGCAGCUUUGUCUUCGUUAACCAAGGAACAGGGCUCUCAGGUCGAUGCUCAUUUACUUGUCAAGUUACUCAGUGACCCCAUUCUCGUCCGCAACUUGUUGAAUGGUAAUGGUAAACCACUUGAAACUGCUAAUCAUGUUACUACUCUAAACACUGACUUCGCCAAACCUACUACUCAUGCCAUGGACUCAAACCCACCUCCUCUACAUAAUGUACCUGUUUCGUCGGUUCAAUCCUGUGCUACAGAUCCCCCACUCCCCAAACCCACUCUGCCCAUGUCCACUACUCUGUCAAUGAAACCCUCCCUGGUUGUUCACACCUAUCCAUUGUCUUCUGGGAUCAAACCAUUGCCAAAACUCGAAGAUUCUUACACACCUGCUCCUUUGAAACCAAGCCCAGUUGAUAAUGCUCUAGUCUCGGAACAAAACACACAACCCCUUAACAUGUCGUCUACUUGGGAUAUGAACAGGGUACCAGAAUCAGCGCAAACUGAAACAGCUCCUCAAAUCAGUAAUGGUAAUACAAACCGGGAUGACUACUACAAGAGCCUCAUUAGGGAACAUGGGGUAGUCAGUCCGGCAACAAAUGAAAAUAACAAUUACAAAGGUAGAGUUGAUGAUAACAAGAAAGUCGUAAAGGUUAAGAAGAUUCAGAAACCGUGCAUGUUCUUUAACAGACCCAAAGGGUGUAGGAUGGGCGACAGUUGCAUGUAUCUUCACGAACGCUCUAAAAGGUCGUGGACUGAUGUUGCACCUCACUUUCCCAGAGCUAAGAGGCUCAAGUUUGGAUCUUAAAACAGCUACGGGUAUCACUCAAAACUUAACCCCAAUCAUGUCUGAAAUAUUGGUAAAUAGCUUCAUCCAAAUCAGUUCUGAUAAGUUUGUUUAACAAGAAGUUUCCCAAAGUUAGUCAUCCAUGUUCUUUUCUUUUUUUGGUUAA